AAAAAGUCGGGGGUGUUGGACUUCUCUCAUAUCGGCCUGUUAAGCUUUCCAGAAAAUUUAUAUGGUGUCAAUCGCCGUCUCCUUACAAAGUUAGAUUUGAGCCACAACAUGCUGAUAGAACUUCCUGAACUGAUUGGUGAUCUUAUUAACCUGAAAGACUUGUCUGCAAAUGACAACCAACUGACACUGUUGCCUAGAGCUAUCAAACAACUUCAACAACUGCAAGAAUUGGAUGUGAGGAAUAACAAAUUGAAAAGUGUCGUUCAGGACACAAGUGACCUGAUACGUCUUGAGAGGCUAAGUGUGGAAGGCAACCCUCUUAGGAUUGAAGAAGUCAGAAGUCUGAUGGAGCUUGUGGAGAGGAGGCAAAGUCUUUGGAUAGACAUCGCGGGUGAGUCCGAGUGUAGGUAAUGAAAAGACGUAACUGCAGUUAGGUUGUAAUCGGUUGUUUAUGCACAAUGCUGCACAGGAGAUUUGGCUUGCAAGUAAUCAUAAAGCAUAGUAGUCCUUGUUAGAAUAUUACAUAUUGGUAUAGCUGGAAUCUCUCCCCAUCAACGCGUACUCUCGUAGGCUACUUCGAGAUCACAUGUCAUCAGCAAUAAAACUGUUUCUCGCCAAAUUUUCCUUUUUUUUUUAACGGUCCGUUUUCUCAGCGAUUGACGAAAAAGUCAAUAAUGCUCACAAGAAAUUGAUCCGUAUGGCGUGUCGAUGAUCGAUCGCGGGAAUUCUCUCUAUUCAUUUUAAAUUAAAUGUCAUACAGUACUUUUUUGUAUUUAGAACACACUUAAAACAUGCACCUCACGCUGAGAGACGGUUGGGAACAUUUAUAGUUUUCUCCUUUGUUUUUAAACUUCGAGUCGUAGUCGCUAAUUUUUAUCCGGCAAAUACAAGCUCACAAGAAAGUCACCUUUCUUCCUUGUCCUCAACUGAGUUGUGAGUUCUUGUUAACAUUUUUAUUCGAAACGUUUAAAUUUUAAUUUUGUAUUCUAUCUAUAUCACCAUUAAGGGUUACAGUAAGCAUAAACUUUACAAAAUAAACAUGUUGUACUCCCCGAAAAAAACAACAACGAACAAGCAAACAAACAAAAACAGAUGUCAUGUAACACCCCUACCUCCCCAUAACGGCCACCUCACCACAACGGCCACUUUCUUCCGUCCUUAAGUUGGCCGUUGUGGCGGAGAGGUUCAACUGUAUAUUGUAUCUUUAAGUGUCUUUUGUUGUACCGCAAUAUAAAUCAGCUCUCUUGAUUCACUGGUCGCUUGCGAAACUAGUUCUUAAUUAUUUUGGCGUCGCUCAAAUAGAGUAAUCGAGAUCACUUGUUUUGAUUCACAGUUGCAAUAGGCACGCAAUACGUGCGAACGUAAACAAGCUAAGUAAACAAGCCAAGCAACGCGAUCAAUCCGCGUGCAAUAUAACUCCGCGCUUUCCGCUUCCCACUCCUCAACCAACCCCUAAAAUAUACAACGGUACUGCGCUACUCACCUAUCCCUAAUACAGUCGAAGCUCUCGUAAGCGACCACCUCAGAAAGUCGAAAAAGUAGUCGUAACUAGAGCUGGUCGCUUACGAGAAUGAGCUCUCGUAAGUGUCCUCAUGGUCAAGACAAAAGAGGGUGGUCGCUUACGAGAGCUUCAGAAACUGAUUAAUAAUUCAUCAAGAAAAAUCAAAAUAAAUAAAUCUUUAACGAGUGUCUUUAUAUCUGAUAUAGACACAGACACGGACAAGGCUUAACUUUACGCCCAAUAUUUUUUGACCAUUAACGCAGUGUGCCGUUUCAUUUAAGUGUUGAUUUAUAUGAAAAAGACUCUGAGUGGUGGCUGAGUAGUCGCUUACGAGAAAAGAAAGAAAAGUCCAGUUGGGUAAUCGCAAAAGGGGUCGCUGUCACGUAUGGGAACGGUCGCUUACGAGAGCUUUUCAUUACAAAGUUUAAGCCACUGUUCAAAUGGUGUUUCACGAAUGUCGAAUAUGGUCGCAAGGAGAGCUUCGACUGAAAAAGCACCUUAAAAUUAGUAAAUUUGCCAAAUGUGAAAGUGAUACGUCUUUAGCGAGCGAAGAUAUAGCUCCGCAAAUUCAGUUGGCAUAAUAGACCACUUCCGAGUUCCAAAAACCCUCACUUUCAAAAUGAGGCUAGGUGCACAACCUUUCUUGUGAAAAUAAGUUUUAUUUGCAUGAGAAUGAAAAACGAAUUCCAUAUCAAAGGCUGAGCACUUACCCUCGUUUUGAAACAGAGGCGCGGGGGAACUCGGAAAUGGCCUAUUUACAGACGUUUGUAUGGUGAGGGGCAAGUUUCGCGACUCUUCGUAAGCUUUCAACAAAUCGCUGUCAAGCGUGGCAGUUUUACUAAAAAGUGGAAUAUAAGUUUUAAAAGAAUUCACUGUUUUUGCUUUACAGUUAUAGCUCCAGCAGAAAUACGAGCCCGGGGACAUGAUGCACAGGCUAUAUAUGAAAUGGCCCUAAGAGAUGGAUAUGUGAAUGUCUACCGGGGUCGAAUUUUGCUUCUUGGCCAGGAUCGCGCUGGGAAAACGAGUUUGAAGAAAUACCUCUUAGGUCUUCCAUUCGAUCCAGAAGAAGAAAGCACGGUCGGAAUUGACCCCUCAAAGUUUGAGAUUCAUGCAGAUCGAAUUAAAAACUGGUCUUGCAACAGCGAAAACAAAACGUUGUUGUCCGAGGUUUCCAGAGGUGUUGCAAGAGUAGUCGCUGAGAAAAAGUACCUUUCGAUUCUGGCUGAAGGAGACGAUUCAGCAAUGGAAUCUGACGGAGUAUCUCCGAGACAAGAGUCGAAAUAUAAAGCAAUGUGGGAUGUGGAUAACGGUUCCGAAACAAAUCAGGUACUUAAGAACUACGGUAGAACCUCUCUUAGCCUGCGUAGUAGGCGUCGAAAGGGGUAGGGGAUAGGGAGAAAGGGAAAAAGGGAGGGGGAUUGGGAUUCGUGCUUUUCUCGCCAUCCCCUCCCCUUUUUGCGCCUGCCACGCAGGCUAAACCUCUCUUAAGCUGCCACCCUUGAGGAAGGGACAAAUGGGUGCUAAAGAGAGGCUCUAUUACGGUGAUUUACUAAAAGCCUUGAACGUCGGCAUCCUAGUAACUUGCCGCUAAAUACAGGGUGGCCGCUUUAUAGAGUCGACUGUAAAUCCUCUUGUAAUUCCGCUAAGGAUCUUCUCCAAAACUAGCUUAUAUUUUUAGAAUUUUCAAACCUAUCAUAUGGGAAUGCCUUUUGGGUGGAGCAUUUUCUGCGGGGGCCUGUUUCUCGAAAGGUCUGCGAUUAAUAGCUUCGCAGAUAAUGUCAGAAAACUACCAGGUAACAAAACAAAAUGGAGUGGUUUCUUAACAAGGACCCGCGCUUUUAUUCUUAAGGUUUUUAUGGAAUAUUUGAUUUCCGACCCGAAACGUUACCUAGACUUUCGAGAAACGGGCCUUAAGUCCGAUGAUGUAAAUAAAAAUCAGCCCGCUGGAAGUCAUUUGCGACCUGCAGAGGGAUCAGCGGAUCAGGGAUCAUUUUAAACUGUAAGCAGCUCAGAUGUAGUGCGUUAAACAGGUUACAGUUAUGCUCAUAACUUGUUUACCUAUGGUUGGACCUUUGUUAGUGGUGAUAUUUAUGAAAAAAUGCUGGAAGCUAUUGCCAGUCAUCAUCAUUUAGGCUGAUUGACGGUUUCUAAAAACGACCCCGCUAGCAAUGACCUGAGACUCGCGAAGAUUAGGUGUCAGUACGCAUAAUACGUUUAUAUUAGUUUUCGUUCCUAAACAAUAAUAAAGCUUGCUUCGUCGUCGUGGACCUGCUACCUUAAAUUGACGUUAAAGCUACUUACCUGUUUACUGUAAGGGGACUCAAAAGCAGGUAAACUGACACUGGCGUUAUGAUUUGAACCAAGUUGCUCAUCAGUUCCGCUUGAUACUUCCCGCGACUCAGGGGCACCCAACGGCAAUUUUCGGGAAAUAUCUGUUCGGAAGACGAUUUGAGAUCUAGAAUUUUCGGAGCAUUUGUUGUAAAAUUUCUUGCUUGUCUGCCUCUCCUAGGAUUUUCGAACAUAUACAAAAUGGUAUAAUUACCCAUUUUUGACGUAUUUUGACCCUAAAAAAGGCCACCUAGAAUUUUCAGGAGCCUUUUUCCUGGCUGAAAUUUUCGAGAAGGUAAGUUUUUAUCCCUAUAAUUUUCGGAUCACCAGACUUUCAGCUAGGAAAUCCGAACAGAUGAAAAGUUUUUAGGGGAUAAAAAUGUGCCUAUAUCUACCGUUUGAAUACUAAAAUACGUUUAACAAUGCUAUGUUAAGUGAUUUUGAACUAUAUCCUCGUUGGGUGCCCCUGGCGACUUUCAGCAAAUUCAAAUUUAACGGUUUGAAGAUGCGGUUGAGUUUCAUACAAAUUCAUAGGCAAAGUCAACGCUCAGCCCAUUCUGUGUACUGUCUAGCACCAGUAUUUACAGUGAAUUUCAGCCAACGUGCACGUUUCGUUCGGCUUGCUAUGCUAAUUUUACUAAUCUUUUUGUGUGGUGGGCCGUUUGAAUUUUUUAUGCCAGGCCAAGGGAACUGCAUUUGAUGUUGCAAGGUUUUAAUGUGAAUUGAGAUGUGUAUAGUGAACUGUUUCCUGCUUCUUGCUUCCUACUAAGAAACCUUAGCUUUUGCAUAUAAUGCAAACGUUACCUUCAACCUCGUUUCCAGGAUCCUCUUCUUUCCUACUCGUCCCGCAACUGGAAAAGACAAUUGUCAUUUCCCAUUUUGGUGCUUUUUCGCCCUUUCGUAAUAAACAAUAUCUCAGUCCCAGUAAACAAUUAACAAAUUCCGUUUUCCUCGUGUAAAAACAGGCCAAUCCCAGUUGCCUUUUAACCCCUUCAGGGCUCUCUGACCGAAACGGCUGCUUUCCCUGAUUUUCUACGGGAAACCAAGACUACACCCUUUCACAUACCCCUCAGCAAAGGUGAAAUAAGGUCAUUUCAUUAUAGAUUUGUAAGUCAUUUUUAAGUGUAAGUAUUAAAAACAUUUAUGAGAAAACGAUUAUGUGAAAACAUGAAUUCCCCUUGUUGGCUGAAAUAAAGCAAAAUUUAGUUUCAGUUUGCCAAGGAUGCUGAUGGUCUCAAGGACGCAAACAUUUCAGCUGAACAGAGCAAUGGGGCAGGUUGUCCUGGUGAUGGCGGUGAUGUUUCCAAGGAAGCAGCCGAUUUUUUACUGAAGAAAUUGGAAAUGCUUCCCCCCGCAGAAGUCACAGAACAUGCUGAUAAGUGUUUUAAGCAAAUAUUACGUGAAGGUCACCAAGCUGUCUAUAGUGCCAACAAAGAAGAUUCUAUGGUAGUCGUGGAUUUAUGGGAUUUUGCAGGACAGCACCUGUACUAUGCAUCCCAUCCUGUCUUUUUGUCACCACGAGCUGUUUAUGUUGUUGUGCACAACCUGAGCAAACCACUUGAUGCCUUGGCUGAACCCUGUGUUAGACAGGGAACUCAUGAUGUGAUUUUGGAGAACCCAAACUCCGAAACCAAUUUAGACAAUUUAUUGUCUUGGCUUUUUACCGUUCACCAGCUGAAACCAAGAGGGGAAGAGAAAAACAAAAGCGAAAGGCAGGUGCCUUAUCUGCGGCCUCCAGUUUUCAUUGUUGGUACACAUGCAGACCAACCAUUUGAAGACACUAAAACAAUGAUAUCACAAAUAGAGCAGCGAAUUUCAGGCGAGGAAUACGCACAGCAUGUGAUCCGGCCACUCUUUAGCAUUGAUAACACACAAGGUGUUUUAAGCGGCGAUAACGCACAGAGUAAUAUGUCACCAUGGGAAUAUUGGACAAAACCGAUGAAGAAUUUGUUAUGGCCGGAUCCACAAGCAGGUAGAGUCCUUUUAUGAAAAUCAGUUGUAAAUGUAAUUUGAACUUCAAACGUUCAUUUAUUACUGAACUCAAUCGGGAAACAGACCCUAAUGCGUCUAAACUGACCAAUGGUACAACAACCAAGUAAAUUUUUUUGAAAUUGAGGAUUGCAGAUUGAAAGCUGGUUGUUUCAAUGUGUUGUUAUUUUUGCAUCACGAGCAAAAACGUUACGAGAAAUUUCUUUUAAUUCAUGACAACAUGAAAGCCGUAAAUUGAGCGCUUUAAUUUUGCGCAGAGUCCUGAGCUUAAAGGUAACCCUGGAAAAAGAACCUUUUUGUGGCUAAUAUUUCCCUUUAGGGAAGGCGAGGCCACUAUGUUGUAAUGUCGUGGUCUUGUAAGUUCGUACGUUCGUAAACUUUCACGGGAUACCCAAUACCGUGACAAAACAAUUCAGCCCGGUUGUUGUUGCGGUUACUUUAGCAGUCAAGAAAGGCCUUUGGCGAGGAAUUUCAACGGCAGAGGUGUUUAACAACGAAAAUCGUGGCAAGAGAGCGUUUGUAAUGCUUCUCACUCCGCAGGCGAGUUUGCUUCUGCCGGCUUUACUUAUGUUCUUCGAGUGCAAUGAAAUGCGUUAAAGUUCGUCUUGUUACUGUCAAAACCUUACUUAUUUUCCUGAAAUCUAUUUUUAUAAUCCAUGUAACGACCCGACUAGCUUCAAACGGCGUUUUCCGGCAUUAUUUGCACAGAAAAAAAUGCUGUAAAUAGAUUACUGUGACAGUCACUCGACAGGCCCUGUCGCGUCGGCGUGUACCUUGCGAGUGUGCGUACCGAGUUCAACUCCCGCUUAGUACACGUUUUUGUUUUUGUUUUCUUCUUUCGUGGCGUUUUCCCUGUUAUUCCUAAGUUGGUUCUUUUCCUGACCUUCGUGAGGUUUUGUGAGACACGUAUUUCUAAUACAAUAAUGCGUAUUUUUAAACUAGUAGCCACAUGCAGUCGUAAACCUUUAUUUAGUAGCGAAGUGGUAAUUUAUUGCACCAGCAUCACCUGAACUUAGAGUUGCUUUCAAUAACUCUCUUGAAAUCGACAGCCCGUUAACUUAAACCUGUUUUUCAUGCCGCGCUAUUUAGAUUAAAACUUAUAUAUUACUAUAAUAUAAAUUUAUGAGAUGUCGGAGUUGAGAAAAGUCUGACAACUUUUCAUAGCCGGUGCGCAAUUAAGUUGACUUUUGGAUAACAUGUCCAAACUGGAGCCUCUUUAUCGAGGAUAAAUAAUCUAAGUCUUGUUUGUAGAGUCUGUUGGUUUUUGACUAGUAACUGACCUGGUGUUACUUUUCAUUUGUAUCAUAAGGGUGUGACUCUUCUGUUCCUACUGGGGACGGAAUUGUCGCAUUGAGGGACAGGAUCAUGGAGGUGUUGAGACAGGAGCCUUACAUGGGAGAGAAAAUACCAAUCAGGUGGAGUAGGAUAUUUCACCUCGGUCUUUUAGGCUUUUAGAAUUUAGUAUAAAGCAAAAUCACGUGCAACCUCGUUCCCGGGUUCUCUCUCCUACCCGUUGGGUAGGAGAGGACCCUGGGAAUGAGGUUGAAUCACGUGGUGUAAUGAAAAACGAUUUGUAACACAGCAAACGUAUAAUGUGCGCUCUGAGUCGAGUUGUUUGAAAGCCAAUUAGUGCAAAUCGGGGGUUAGUUACCAUGACAACUGAUAUGCCCUGUUUGUAGCGAACCCAGGAUAACCGCUACUUGGGCUUUGAACUACUUGGCCACUGAGUGUCAAGUAGCCUUAUCCAAUUUACCCUUAGGUGCUUGCUGAAGAAAGUUAGUGCCCGCUCUCGAGGCGCUACGCGUCAUUUACACUUAAACACAACUUUUUUUGGCGGAGUUCAUCAAGAUUUAUACCUCUAUGUUGAACUCGAACUUUUUAUGGCGCAUCUUGCGACUGGAAACGACUGAUUCAGCCGGAAGAACGCUUUCAAAGACACGUCUUGGAAAAGAGUGACUUUUACAGGUGCAUGCACUGAUAAUUUUGUGUGUUGGCUCAACCCAGUCUUUUGGGGGCUCACCUUCCCUCUUUGAACUUCUUUUACCUAAACAAACUGAUCUUUAUUGUAAAUCCAUUAUAGCGCAUAGAUUACACAUAGACUGAUCUAUAUUUUGAUAUUAUCAUUUUUGCGAUCGGAGUGAAUAUCACGUAGUAAUGACUUCACAAUUGUUUUAACUCUUGACCGAUUUUUAGCUCUUACCUCCAUUUUCUCAAAAAUGCCCUAUGCUAUGUCUACUUUGCGUGCUUUUCUUUUGCUGUGCGAAGUUUCACAAAAAUCUAGCUGAGAAAUUAUGAGAUAUUUUAUAUAUAGCCGGGUAUAUUUUAUGCGUGAACUAAAGACUGGAAUUUAGCGAACAACUUUUUGGAUGUUUCCGGAAAGUUUAUACCACUCAUUCUUUUCCCGUGUACUUUCUCCAAACCUCUGAAACCAGGUAGACUUAAGCGAUUUCGAAACACACGAAAAUAUAUGAAUCGGGCUGAGUAAAACACAAUAUUGAGCAUUGCAUUGUUUCCAAGGCUUCACUCACAUAAACAGCGAUUAAAUAUAAUUGAUUUUCUUUAAACGUUUUCAGGGUUACACUCAAUAAUUAGUGCACUAUAUAAUCUUUGAAUUUCACAUCCGUUGAAAACUUGUGAAUUCGUUUGACGUACGCUCAUAGUUGAGUGAAUAUUGAAGCGAUGUCAUUUUGUGCUCUGGGAUUUCCUAUUUUCCUGUCUCUUGUUUAGAACAAACAGUCCCAAGCAUCACGCGUGAAUUACCACGCUUGGCUGCCCUCCGAAAUGUGCCGAGCCACCUAACAAACCACGUAAGACGACGAAGUCACCUACAAAAAUACAUACAUAUGUAUGACGAAUUUUUUGCAAAACGGUAUUCAUGGAUAGCAUUUGAAAAUUCACAAUGAUAAGUUCAAAUUAAGGUGGCUCGACCACAUUUUGUAGGAAAUAUACUUCCCCACUUUGAGCGUUUACUAAGUCGGCAUUAACAAAAAUAUCGGAAAAAGGUUAAGAAAGGCUGUACUGUAUAAAGAUGAAAAUUUAUUAUGAUCCAUGUUUUAUUGACAUCGCAGUUGCUGUGGUAACGUAAUGACGCCGUUUCGUUUUUUACUUUUCUUUCUAUCACUCGGUACCAGGAGUCUUUUUCAGAAGUGGCUUAAGGGAACUUGUACCUCCCUUUAAUAGUUGCCUCCAUUAUGGCAAAGUUUGAACAAAUUCUAUGAGAGCGUUUUAGAAAUAAUUUGGAACAAGGUUUAAGGGUCGUAAAAACAGCGAAUAAACAUGCCAUCGGCAUAAUUUACUAAUAUCUAAAGAAAAGGAUGAGUUCUGAAAAUGCAGUUUCAUCUUAUAACGGUUUGAUUCCAUCUGAAACUGUCUACGAAAAUAGACGACGGGGAUUACUUCGGCCGAUUGCGGGAAAGGAGAAUUUGAUUAGCAUACGUUCGGCAGCUGCUUUCUUCACCAUUUUUGUAUGUAAUUUGGUCCACGCCUACAAAUUUCACGGUAAUUUACAAACCGAUGGAUAAUUUGUUUAAAAAACUUGACAAUCCCGAAAUUAGUCAUCAAUUUAUAUCGCCUCCAAGUUUCAAGGACAUUGAAAACAAGGAAGGCAAUUAACGGGACUUCAAAUGUCACCAAUUUUUCCCCCAGAUUUGUGUUUUCAAGUGAGCGUCCUCAUUAUUCACUGUCAUUGUUUAUCUAUCUUAGCCAUAUAUUUCCCUCUCUGUUAUUGUUUGACACAAGAUUCUUUUCAGGCUAACCCAAAACGUCCAAUUAUGCUGCUUUGAGGUCUUUCGAGCCCUUUUAAAAGUAUUUUUGGUGACUUGAAUGACAAGCAGAAGAGUAUCAGAACCUCAACCUGCUGCACUUUUUGUGUUUACAUCGAAAAUAAGGUCAUCCAAGUGAACUGUCGACUUAAUGCAUCUUCAUCUUAUACAUUCACUAUUUUUGCAAUUAAAGUUAAAGAGUUUUCAAACCUGAGAUUUGUUUAUCUAAAACAUGUUUCCUUGGUAACUGAAACGGACACCCACCUUUUUUGCGUAUCACAUAGGCAGUGUACUUUUAUAAAGUAUGGAACUCCAAGUCACAUGUUCAGUUCAUCUCACCUGCAUUAUCACACUUGCAGAUUUUACCGACCUGAGAGGAUUUCCCUUUCAGUGCAUCGCUAAAUAGCUUCGUCUUUAAAAUUCUUUAAAACUUCGAAAACAACCUAGUGUGUCAUUUCCUCGGUGGUUCAGUGUCGCCAUCUUGGAAAUUUCAUGGACUAUCACAGGUUAUUAUGGACCUUCUGACCACGAGCCAUGAUAGCAUUAGCGCAUGAUAGUUAAGACCUUAAUCAGCUAUCGUCAGUUAUGAUCAUUUUGCUCACCCUUAAUGAGAUGUUGAUGUGUUACUGACUGUAACAUAGAAAGAAAAAUUACUCAAUCGUGAUUGACUAACGAGGAGGGCAUUUUUAAAAUUAAUUUUGGUAAUCAGCAGGGCAAAAUUACUUGAUUAAUUGGACUCUAAUAACUGGUCGCUGAAAAGGAGACCCCGUAAUACAGAUGCCACUCUAUUUUGUUACUCGAAAUCUAGACGCUGUGUAAUAACAUAUCUUCUAACUAAGCUUUUGAAGUUUGUUUGUGACACCUUUUUUAUGAUUAAUAGAUGGCUGACCUUCGAAACAGUAAUCGACUGUUUGGUAGCUGAAAGCUUUCGUCACAUAAAUGUGCGAAGACUUCAAACCAUCGCCGAAAAAGUCUGCUUCAUAACAGAUGAGGACGAGUUUCACACAGUGUUGAAUUUCUAUCACGACCUUGGAUUAAUUGUAAAGCACCGCGACACGGUUUUUCUGGACGCACGAUGGCUGAUAGACCUGUUUAGACAACUGAUUACCAUUCCCCGUUUUGACAAAGCGGUACGUAUUUGUGAUGUCCGGUGGUGAGGCAAUAAUGAUCUCAGUAGUAGUAAUUUUUAAUUCAGAUAUUUGCUGGCCCCUAAUAAGGCCCUGCUAAGGUAAAUUUUCGACAGACGACAUGGCCUUGAGAAAAGCGACAUGUUAAGACAGAUGAAAUGACGACAAACGAUAGAAAGAAGGGUUGAAAAUGCGACAUCGACGAAGAAAAGCUCAAAUACAGUCGCAAAAUACCGACAGGGACAUAUUCAUCACUACUCACCACGCGAAACGACGGGUUUUGAAAUUCAGACUUGGGACAUACGUAACCCCUUUAAGAUACCCUCUCUCAUAUUAUCUUAAGAAGGGCUUUACAAACGCUCGGCGAUGGUCAAUAGACUCACGAAAAAUUGAAAAAUCUAUUUCCUAAGUUUUUUUAGAAAGCCUAAAAUGCGAUGUAAGGUUUGGUGCCUCAUAUUCGUUUUGCCGACCCUACUUUAAAAUCAGCCUAUGUAUGCAGAAGUAUAGUGGCCAUGAAGUGGGAGUGUUUAUUUAUUUGCUAUUACUUUUGCGUCAAACUUCAACGUUAAGAGCUUGUGGUGCGACGACUUUUUAAUUUCUGAAUUAUCAUACGGAUUAAAUGUUUUUUUUUUUUUCAUAGUUACGUAUCAUGGCAAGUAGAAGAUACUUUUCUUUGCAGUAUUUGUAAUGCCUUUUCGAACAUUUUUCAUUGCUUACGCGUGGGAAGUUCAAAAGUGAAUCGCUUUUUGCGCAAAGUACAGGAAUUUCUCACUUGCUUGGGUACUGGGUCCGCACUGAGUUACUCCAAUCGCAUAAAUUGAUAAGUAGGCGUGACAAUGUUCCUGACGGGAGUUUUCUAAUGCAAUUUAAAAAUAAGAUUACAGACUCGAACUUAGGUAAAGUAAUGGCUAAAAACAAUGAUCAACGCCUUUCCCCGGGUUUGCUUAGAAUGAUUAAAACGCGAAUGACUGUGAAUUGUUAAAACAUUUUUGAAAUAUCUAUCUGGCUAGGCCUGUCAGAAGAGGAAAAUGCUAUUAACGUGAUGGAAAAAUGAAAGACCAUGUAUAAUGGUGAAUAAAACGAAAACAGUUCAGAGAAACGGCACAGUCGCAAAACAGUACGUCUUCUGCAGUGCACAUUGAAACGUAAAGGAAAGAAAGCAAAAACUCUCACAGAAAAAAUCUCAUUGAACCUGAUGACUUUGCCAGUAGCCCGCGGCUACUUUCUUGGCAUUUUUGUACGUUUGAUAAACCUGGUGUUUCGAUCGCGCUUACUAGGUACAAGUGUUUCAAUUCCUCUGUUAUAUUCUGUUGAAUUCGUUAUCAAAGGAUAUCACCAUAAGUGGAACAGAGGAAAGCCCCGUUACAGAGUUCUUCUAUAUUAUUUCUUCUGAGAUUCAUAUAUAUUCAUUUAUAAUAUAUAUUUUUUAGAAAAUUAAAGUCGAACCUUCUCGUGCAACCGUCUCUCGUAAUGACCACCUCUCCUGACCACCUCUCCUGUCCCAAAUACCAAAAUCAGUUUUGUGAAUCAAAUCAGUAUGGCUGGAACCUCUCAUAAAAGACCACCAAAUCUUGGUAUUAAUAUUACCCCUUGAGAAAUGCAUAUAUAGUAGAACCCGGUAACUCGAACGCGGAAGGGAAACGAAAAACAGUUCGAGGUAGCCGGGGUUAUCUGGAUCGAUUGACUAUUCAAUUUCCCAUGUUAAUAAUGGAUAGUUACUGAUUUUCCAGCACUUCAGUUUGUAGACCUCGUUCAUGAUGGCGGUCUAUUAAUAUAUUCUUUUAUAUGAUUGUAUGAUAAUUAGCCUCUCUGACCUCGUUAGCAUGUGCAAAAUACAAAAUAAUUCUUACUUUCACGCGCGACCAGAAGGGCUCAGUUAAAUACAUAUGAAAGAACAAAUAAAUGGGCCGUUAUUAUGAAAAAGGACUAUAGUACAGUCCAAAUUUAACUUAUUUCAUCAGAAACGGUCGCAUGAUUGUGCAUUUUUAUGAUAAAACGUGAUAUUGUCAUUGCACCAAUUAAAUUCAAAUUGCUGUUGUGUUAGCGUAGUGUUUUUACAGAUUAUACGUUAUGGCUUGCGGGUGGGUUACAAGAACCAGAGUUCGAGUUAUUGAGGGUGAAUUUCAGUGAAAUUUUAAUCAAGGGAAAGGAAGUUGAGUCCAAGUUAGCGGGGAAUUAGAGUUUUAUCCGAGGUAACCGAGUGAAAAUGACUGAAACUUGGGGUGAAAUCCAAGAAAAAUGGAACAUAGUUCGAGUUAGCGGGGAUUUCGCUUUAUCCGAGUUCGAGGUAUCGGCGUUCUGCUGUAUAUACAGCUGUCGCAAAAACUGUGCACGCAACAAUCCCGAAAGGUAAUAUGGGAUAUGAUCAAUACACUUGUUCUUGACAGUGUAACUGUCGAGCCUACUUUUGUUGCUUUCCUCUAGCCCUAGCAAACAUACGUCCAUGGCCUCUCGUGCCAUUCUUUGAAAUUUAUUUGAAAAAAAAUGAACUAAAAACCACCCACAAUACCUUUCGGGAUUGUCGCGUGCACUUUUUCCGACAACCUUUUUCGAAACAGCUGUAUGUAUACAACCAGACAAAGCAAGCAAACGAACAAAAUUGUCAGUGGCAAUAGCUAAGUACGGCGGCUCUGAGCUAGUGUCUGGGUGAAAUAAUAUUCAAUUGGACCAUUUUAACUUAGGCUCUUGAUGAGUACUUUAUGUGAAACUAUUGGUUUUCAGUAUUAUAGCAAUCGGAAUUUGGCAUUUUUAUGCAAUAAUAAUGUUUUGGAUGGUCUUGGCAGUGAGAAGUAUAGAUGUAGAGUAAAUGCUUUGUAGAUAUUUCUCAUCUUGACAAUUUUGCAUGGCUUUCUCAUGUUAGGACCCUCUCUAUUCUCAGUGCUGGCGUGAAGUGGAAGAAAGUGGUAUCCUUCAAAUGGAGCUUGUUGAACAUGUUUUUUCGAAAUUUAAAAGCCAACGUGUUGAAAAGGAAGACAUCUUAGACAUGAUGGAGCAGUUCGGUUUGAUAGCAAAGUAUACGUCCACGGCCACCAGUACUAAGUACUUUGUACCUGCUCAGCUCAAGACCACACCCAAAAGCAUUUGCAAACUGGAGCCAUCCCCUUCUGACCCAUGUCCCUUGUAUCUUCACUUUGCCGGUGGGUUUGUUCCCCACGGUCUCUUCACACAGCUGGUGUCAAGGUUCAUUUCUUGGUGCUGUAAGACAUGGAAGACAGAACCCCCUAGCCUCUACCGAAAUGGUGCUUGGUUUGUUGUUGGAAAACAGGUAGUCUGUGAUUUCAUUCUUCUUUGCAAGAAGAGUUUCAUCAAGAUUGUUCUUAAGCAAAGAAAACAAGAUUCAAUCGUUUCAAAGGCAGAAUUAGCUGCAAUAGCCAGACGUGUCUGUAUGUUCAUAGAAGAAGUUUUACAAAUGCUGUCUAACGAACUGCCAUGCCUCAGUGGAUUGCAGCAUCAAUUAUGUGUUGCCUGUCCCCACUGUCUGGCUGAUUGUCCAAACCAUCAACAAGCGUUAUGUCCCCAUGAAGACUGUUUGCACCUUUUUGCAUUAAAAAAGGGACAGCGUUUUAUUUGCACAAAGGUCCCUCGUGGGUGCGUGAAAACGGUCCCUGGAAUGGAGAAGUGGUUGUCACUAAGAAAUCAGGUAUAGCUUUGUUGUUUUUAGGUGAUGGCAUAUUUUCCUUCGUUUAAAAGUAACAUGGCUUGAUAUUGUUUGCUUAGUGAGACGAUAUUAAUAAGUUCCUUUUUGUAAAUUGAAAAGCAGUUUCUACCAUGUUAUACACGGAAAUCCCUUCUGCACUAUUGCUGGAAGAGAGAGUAUUUUAGUGCAGCAAAACUUAAGCAAGGUUCUAGCUUGAUAGUCAAUAAUCUCACUUAGAACAUUACAAAGUAGAGUAAUUUUCUGAUCACUUUAAUAAUUUUUAAGCUUGUAUGUUUUGUUUUCCCAAUUUAGACCACGUGAUGUUCUGAAAGGAAAUUGUUUUUGUCCUUUCAUAAAUUAUGCAUACAUUUGCACCUUUGAAAGAAACAGUUCUCUGGGGUAACACACCAUCACCUGGUCUGAAAUGGGAAAACAAAACGUACACGCUAGAAAGGUCUAUUAGCCCCUUACGUCACUGACUUCGCUUCAAGGAGUGUUCUUCUUAGGUGGCUGGUAAUGGAUUUCAACAUCUAUACUUCGCUAGAUCAAUACUACGGCUUUUAAACUGGGCGGCUGAUAACAAGAGUAACAUUUUUUUCUUCUUUUCUGUUUAUACGAAAGUCAAAGUACAGAAAGCGACAAGAAUUACUUUCAAGUCUUUGUCCAACCAUUCUUCUUUGUAUUUUUUUGGGGGUUCCGAGACUGGUGUGAUAGCACUUAUGUGUUUUGAAAGCAUUUUUGGAUAUGAAGCAUUUCUCCCCCCCCCCACCCCCGUCUUAAUGCAACGAUUAGCUGGUAGUUUUAUAUUUCAGUUCGUUGCAAGAGGUAAGUAAAUAUUGACGUGUGUGCUCUUUUAAUAGUGGUUAUUUUGCUUCUACAAGGGCUUGAAUCUUUCUAGAUCAGUUGCAACAAGAGGAGUCGGAGAUGUCGAAAGUGAUUCAGAGAAUUCUGCAAAACCACUAAAUGUUACUUUGUUGGCCAGUGAGUGGGGUUCAUCUAUGGGUGGUUUGUCAACUAUCAAUAGAGAGCUCGCCAUUCAGUUGGCGAAACACGACCUAGUCAAAGUCACUUUCUUAGUUCCAAAAUUUGAAUGUCGUGAGGAAGAAAAGAGAGAUGCGGAAAGCUACAACAUUGCUAUUAGAGAAGUACCGCCUCUCCCAGGGUUUGAUGAUCCCCUAGACUGGUUGAGAAAUCCUCCAAGAGACCUUACCAUCGACAUCAUUGUGGGCCAUGGGGCAAAGUUGGGAAAACAUGCCCAACUAAUUAAAACGUCUCACGGUUGUAAGUGGGUACAGGUAGUUCACACCGCACCUGAGGAACUUGGAGCGUUCAAGGAUUAUGCUAGAGCAAGAGGCAGAGGUGAAGAGAAGAACAGAGCUGAAGUGGACUUGUGCACACUGUCGGAUCUUGUUGUUACAGUCGGGUCCAAAUUGAGAGAGGUCUAUUCCUCCUACCUUCGAUUCUGUAAGAAACACCAAUAUAUCUUUCAGCUUACUCCUGGUAUAUUCCAUGAAUUUUCAAUGCUGGAACAAGCUACAAUGGAAGAAGGAAAGUUUAAGGUGUUAACCUUUGGCCGCGGUGAUUCGGAAGACUUUAGUCUCAAAGGAUAUGACAUUGCCGCCGAAGCAGUGGUUGAAUUGAAAGAUAGCUCUUACUGCCUGGUGUUCGUGGGCGCUCCCAUUGGGAAACAAGACGAAGUCGCCCAACACUUGCUCCAGACUGGAAUCGCUAAAGAUCAGCUGAUUGUGAGAGAGUUUGUGCAGAGCAAGGAAAGGUUAAAAGAGUUGUUUUGUGAGGUUGAUCUUGCCAUUAUGCCUUCCAGAACAGAAGGUUUUGGAUUAACAGCUUUGGAGGCGUUGUCUGCUGGUGUUCCGAUUCUGGUGAGUGGCAAUUCUGGAUUUGCCCACGUGCUGCGCGAUUUACCAUCAGGAGAAUCUUUUUUGGUAAAUUUUGAUGACCCCAAGAAAUGGGCGAAAGCAAUUGCCGCUGUUCGCCGAAAAAGGAGAUCACAACGACUUCAAGACGUCCAAGCCCUGCGAACUAGUUAUGAAGCGAAGUACAACUGGGAAGAGCAGUGUCGAGCCCUUGUUGAGAAGAUGUGGAGUAUGAUCCAAGGUAAUAUUUUUGCUAGUUUUGUGCCCACGGUUACUAAAGAAUGA